CUGGAUAGUCUCGUGUCUGGCAGUAGUUUGAAAGUUAAAGGGUGAAAUCAGGAAAAAAUGCAGUAAUAAAGUGAAGCAAUGGAAUGAAGAGUGAAGAGUGAAGCAAUGGAAAACGAUGUAAAGAGGAAAUGGAAUGGAAAGGUAUGAAUUCCAGCCGUUUCGUUUUCGGAUUAAUCCCAGCCUCGCCGGCACUGCAGGUUCCCACUUCCCACCGAAAUUGCAACACAACAACUAUGCCGUACAAGUUCCGACCACGGUCGGCAAUAGCGUUAUUCAAAUAUCUGUUCAACAUCCACCCCGCAACCUGUCACUGUCACCGCACCAUUCCAAACUCCUCACUUUCCUGCCUUCACAAAUUUAGCGAUAUCCGAAUCCUACACAACCCAAAUUCUGGAGCUUUGGUUAAAGCUAGACCUUCCCAGCUUCUUCAUUUUCUGGGAAUCACUGGAACAACUCGAUUCGUGCAUUCCAUUGCAGACACUGGUGAUGCGGCUGACCAAGCAGCUGUUUUCGUUCAAAAACUUCUAAAAUUUCGUAGGGACAAAUUGGCGGAGGAAAUCGAUCGAGCUCUCGAUCUAUCUGGGUUCGCGUUGAACCAUGAUUCUGUUUUGAAAGUGCUCAGGAGGCAUCGUUCUGAUUGGAGACCCGCAUAUGUGUUCUUCAACUGGGCUUCUAAAGCAGGUGCAAGAAGUGGGUACACUCAUAGUUCUGAUGUUUACAACGAGAUUCUUGACAUUCUUGGGAGGACCAAACGCUUUGAGGAACUGAACCAGGUGUUCGAUGAAAUGUCCAAAAGAAAGGGACUUGUAAAUGAAGUGACAUUUAGAACGUUGCUUUCUAGGCAUGCUGCUGCACAUAGGGUAGAGGAAGCAAUUGAUAUCUUCUACAGGAGGAAGGAGUUCGGAAUGGAGCUUGAUUUGCAGUCUUUUCAGACGCUUUUGAUCCUAUGUAGGCACAAGCACGUGGAAGAUGCGGAGACACUGUUCCGCAAUAAGAUAAACGAGUUUCCCCCAGACAUUAAGACAUGGAAUGUUGUUCUCAAUGGUUGGUGUGUUCUUGGGAAUGUCCAUGAAGCAAAGAGGUUCUGGAAGGACAUAAUGGCAUCUAAAUGCAAGCCGGAUCAUUUCACUUAUGGGACUUUCAUUAAGGCUCUAACAAAGAAGGGGAAACUGGGGACGGCUCUGAAGUUGUUCAGAGGCAUGUGGGAUAAAGGUAUAGUCAAACCAGAUGCCGUGAUAUGCAAUUGCAUCAUUGACGCACUUUGUUUCAAGAAGAGGAUUCCCGAGGCUCUUGAAGUUUUUCAAGACAUGAACAAACGAGGCUGUGUCCCAAACGUGGCAACUUACAAUUGCCUCAUCAAAUACCUGUGUAAGAUAAGGCGUUGGGAAAAGGUUAAUGAAGUAGCGAACGAAAUGUCACAGAAAAGUGGGAGCUGUAUGCCCAAUGCUAUAACUUACAGUUACUUGCUCAGGUCGGUGAAGGGACCAGAGGAAAUUCCAGGGCUUUUGGAGAUGAUGGAGAGUAAUGGAUGCACCAUGAAUGAUGACAUGUACAACCUGGUUUUAAGGUUGUACAUGGGAUGGGAUUCUGAGGUUGGAGUAAGGAAAACAUGGGAAGAAAUGGAAAAUCAUGGGUGGGGACCGGACAGGAGAUCAUAUACAAUCAUGAUUCAUGGUCACUAUGAAAAAGGGAGAACAAAAGAAGCUCUGCGUUAUUUCAAGGAGAUGACAUCAAAGGGAAUGGUGCCGGAACCGAUAACUGAGAAGCUCCUCGAUGCCAUGAACAGUUAAAGAUGAAGCACAGGACAAGGAAACAUAAAAAGGUCUUGGAAAUUCGGAGGUAGAUCUCCAAGUCCUUGGCAAUGCCUCCUUCAACUUGUAAUCAACUUAAGAUAUUUGUAAGUAGUUGAUAAAUUUACGGACAAGAAUGUCAUUGCUUAUUUUAUUAGAAACUAGAAAUGGCAGAGAAGAAUAACCAAUUCACCAUGGCUAACAUCAA